CGCUCGAGAUCUAUCCCAAUCCCCGACCUCACAUCCCCUCGACCCGGCUUCGUUUAAACCCAAACCCUAAUCUCGACAGCCUAAACCCUAGCUCGGGCGGCGGCGGCGGCGGCGGUCAUGGACGGCGGCGGAGGCGUCGGAGGAGGCAUGGCGGGCCCCGUGGGCGGUGGCAUGGUGGGCCCUGUCGGCGUCGGCGUUGGCGGGGGCGGGGGCGGCGGGAGCGACGUGGAGCUCGUGAGCAAGACGUUGCAGUUCGAGCACAAGCUCUUCUACUUCGAUCUGAAGGAGAACCCGCGGGGGAGGUACCUCAAGAUCUCCGAGAAGACGUCCACCACGCGCUCCACCAUAAUCGUGCCCAUCGCCGGCGUCGCCUGGUUCCUCGACCUCUUCGACUACUACAUCCGCACCGACGAGCGCGACGUCUUCAGCAAGGAGCUCCGCCUCGACACCAAGGUGUUCUACUUCGAUAUUGGGGAGAACAAGAGAGGCCGCUACCUCAAGGUUUCUGAGGCAUCUGUCAACAGAAACCGCAGUACAAUAAUUGUUCCGGCUGGUAGCUCUGGGGAAGAAGGUUGGGAAGCAUUCAGGAAUGUACUGUUGGAAAUCAGUGAUGAAGCUUCCCGCCUCUAUGUUCUUCCAAAUCAUCCAAGUCAGCAACACUUGGAACCGCCAGAGCGCCUUCCUGGUCUUUCUGAUGAUGUGGGUGCUGGAUUUAUAGCUGGACAUGCCAGCCAAUCUGCAUCUGGACCAGAGGUAGAUGUUGAACGCUUGGUUGAUGUGCCUCCUAUUGAAGAAUUUAGUGGCAUGGGGUUGUCCAAGGUGAUACGGGCAGAUCAGAAGAGGUUCUUCUUUGACCUAGGCAGCAACAAUAGGGGCCAUUAUUUGAGGAUUUCUGAGGUUGCUGGAGCUGACCGCUCGUCAAUAAUCUUGCCGCUUUCUGGUUUGAAGCAGUUCCAUGAGAUGGUGGGACACUUUGUAGAUAUAAUGAAGGACAGGCUUGAAGGAAUGACGGGUGCGAACGUACGCACCGUUGAGCCCAGUCAGAGAUGAUUAGCUCGAUCUUGUGGCCCGAACUGCUGUUAUGCCUCUCCUAGGAUUUCAGUCAUGUGGUGUGUGGUUGUGUAGAUCGCGCAGUAUUAAUUCAUCUGAUGGGGAUAAUAAUGUUUCAUUUCUAGUUUUUUCUCAAGUCAAUGGUGAGGAUUGAUUUGUUUGGGAUCUUUCUGUUGAGGAAUAAUAAGCAGUAUAUCGUUCGUGUGGUGGUGUAAGUUAGUUGGCUGUUACUUUUUUACCGAAGUUCUUUGAGGUGGCAGGAUUGCUUGUCUU